UUUGAUCGAAAACAAUCGCGCAGUGCGGACGCAAAGCCCGAUCGCUCCGCUGCUGCUCCCCGGGUGCGAUCAGUGAGUUUUUCGGGUGUGCGUGGAUGAUCGGCACCACCGCCAAAGAAGACACACAACAGUGCGCGACAGUGUCGGUCGAUCGUCGAGUUCUCGAGUCCGUUUGUUCCGCAGUGGCUGGUGGAAGCUCCGGUGCUUCCGGCAAAACGCAGCAAAAAGAAUAUCGAGUGCGUGGUUGGGGUGGCUCCCUUGCCGAGUUGUUUGACGGCUGAAGUAUCGUGUGCUCGUGGAGUAGAAAAGCCGCAUUCCGAGCAAGAAAAAGAAAAGUGUCCUGUGAGAAAGUGGUUUCCUUCCUGUGUUUGUGUGUGUUGGUGUCUUGUGGCCCUCAGCAAAAGGGCUGGUCCUUUUACGAAUAAGGCAGGUGGUUGCGCAGCUCGUGUCGCACACUAAUCAACCUCUCCAACGACGGAAUAACUCCGCGAGAUUCGGGUGUGCAGUAGUAGGCCGCGCCACAUUCCGUGAAGCUUUGUGUGCAGUGUGCAGUGUGCGGUGGAUUUCUGUGGCAGAAGAUGUGUCACUCAGCCAACAUCGGCCGUGUCGUGAUCUAUGGUUUCGAUCUAAAUUUCUCCCUCCGGUCUUGCAAGCGUGCAUAGUGUGUGUGUGGGGGGGUUCGGUGAAGAAGUUGUGGGAAUCAAACCCAGGCCGCUGUCUGUCCGCUCGGCAGAGCAGGUGGUGGAAUGUGAAGAAGAAAGUGAACGAAAUUCCUCGAAAGCAACAAAAAAAAAAAAAAAUUCCUCCCAAGAGGAACACUGCCCUCAAGUUUCGAAAAUAGUGCUUAUAGUAGGUGAACCGCACCAGCUUCCUACUCGGACGCGCGGUGCAAACUAGCUGGAUAGCAGGCAAACACGCUCAAACUCAGAAACAAUGGUGGUACCGACGAUGGAUACCCUGCCGAGGGUACCGGACACCCACGGCGACACCGUGGACGAGAAAGUAUUUUCCGACCUGUACAUCCGAACCAGCUGGUACGAUGCGACGAUAGCACUCGAUCAAAUAGAAAAGGGUAAAGCACGGGGGAGAAGGUCCUCAGUGUACAUGCGCUCCCUCUUCCAGUCCUAUCUCUACAACCUCGGCUGUUCGAUACAGAAGCACGCCGGCAAGGUCCUAUUCGUGGCGAUACUGGUACUCAGCACGUUCUGCGUCGGGCUGAAAUCGGCCACGGUCCACUCGAAAGUGCAUCAGCUCUGGAUACAGGAAGGUGGUUCGCUCGAGCAUGAGCUAGCCUACACGCAGAAAUCGCUCGGCGAGAUGGACUCCUCCACGCACCAGCUGCUAAUCCAAACGCCCAAAGAUAUGGACGCCUCGAUACUGCACCCGAACGCGCUACUGACGCACCUGGACGUGGUGAAGAAAGCGAUCUCGGUGACGGUGCACAUGUACGACAUCACGUGGAGCCUCAAGGACAUGUGCUACUCGCCCAGCAUACCGAGCUUCGAUACGCACUUUAUCGAGCAGAUCUUCGAGAACAUCAUACCGUGCGCGAUCAUCACGCCGCUGGACUGUUUCUGGGAGGGCAGCAAGCUGCUGGGGCCAAAGUAUCCCGUCCAUAUACCUGGCCAAACGAACAAAGUGCAGUGGACCUCGCUCAACCCCCAGACGCUGCUGAAGGACAUCAAGGCGCAGAACUACCAGUUCCCGUUCGAAACGCUCGAGCAGUACAUGAAGCGGGCCGGCAUCAGCACCGGCUACACGGAGAAACCCUGCCUCAACCCGAAAGACAAGCAGUGUCCCGAUACGGCACCGAACAAAAAGUCGGGCCAGGUACCGGACAUUGGCGCGAGCCUUACCGGCGGUUGCUAUGGCUUUGCCGCCAAGUAUAUGCACUGGCCGGAAGAGCUCGUCGUUGGUGGUGCGGUACGCAACCGCACGCACCAUCUCCGGUCGGCGAAAGCGCUGCAGACGGUCAUUCAGCUGAUGGGCGAACGGGAACUGUACGACUACUGGAACAAUCACUACAAGGUGCACCACAUUGGGUGGAACCCGGACAAGGCGGCCGAGGUGCUGAACGCUUGGCAGAAGAAGUUUUCCGCCGAGGUGAACAAAAUCAUGCAGACGGAGGUGAAACCGCUGUCGUACUAUGGGGUGUACGCGUUUUCGUCGGCGACGUUGGACGAUAUACUUGGGAAACACUCUAACCCGAACCCGAUCAGCCUUGGGAUUGGUAUUGCGAUUAUUUUGCUGUACACGGCUUGUACGUUGCUGCGCUGGAAGGAUGGCAUCAAUGGACAGAGUGGAGUCGGUGUGGCUGGUGUGUUGUUAAUCACUGUAACGACAGCCGCCGGGCUGGGCUUCUGUGCGCUGCUUGGGAUCGCUUUCAAUGCCGCCACGACGCAGGUCAUUCCGUUUCUCGCGCUCGGGCUCGGCGUUGAUCAUAUCUUUGUGCUGACGCAUGCGUACGCGGAGCGCGAUACGAGCGAACAGACGGGCCAGGUGCUGAAGAAGGCAGGGCUGAGCGUACUGUUUGCCGGGGCGUCGACGGCAGGGUCGUUCUUUGCGGCCACCCUCAUCCCGGUGCCGGCACUGCGCGUCUUCUGCUUCCAGGGUGCGAUCCUGACGGUGUUCAACCUGGCCGCCGUGCUGCUCGUGUUCCCGGCAAUGAUUUCGCUCGAUCUGCGCCGCCGACGGUCCGGGCGGGCGGAUGUGCUUUGCUGCUGCCUGCCAGCGCUCCCGAGCACCACGCACGACCUCAACACGCAGCGCAGCUACCAUUACCAUCAGCAACCGCAACAGCCACAGCAGCAGCAGCAGCAGCCGCAAAACAACAUCGAAGCGCAACGCCACGAGGAAGAGACACUGAUCGAGUGUCAGUCGAAAUCGUGCCUCAGCUUCUCGCUGUCCCGAUUUGCGAUCAAAUACUACGCUCCGUUCAUUACGCGCAGCUCGGUGAAGGUGUUCGGGAUGCUGCUACUAUCAGGCAUCGUUGGCGUCUCCCUAUUCGCGUCCAUGAAGCUCCCGGACGGACUCGAACUCACGGACCUCGUUCCGCAAAACACGAACGAGCACCGUUUCCUGAGCGUGCAGGGCAAGCUUUUCGGCUUCUACAGCAUGUUUGCCGUCACGCAGGGCGAUUUUGAGUAUCCGAACAAUCAGAAGCUGCUGCACGAGUACCACGAAGCGUUCGUGCGCGUUUCGCACGUGAUCAAGAACGAUAACGGAGGCCUGCCGGACUUUUGGUUGAGCUUGUUCCGCGAUUGGUUGGUGAAUUUGCAGCGUGCGUUUGAUCGGGACUAUCGGGAGGGACGGAUCACGCAGGAACGGUGGUACUCGAACGCGAGCAAUGAUGCGAUCCUGGCGUACAAGCUGCUGGUCCAGACGGGGCACGUGGACAACCCGAUCGACAAGAGUUUGGUGACGCAGGUGCGGCUGGUCGACUCGGAGGGUGUGAUCAAUCCGGAAGCGUUCUACAACUACCUGUCCGCUUGGGCCUGGAACGAUGUGCUCGCUUACGGUGCUUCGCAGGGUAACUUACGACCGGAGCCACGGGAAUGGUUUCACACACCGUCCGACUUUGAGCUGAAAAUCCCGAAAAGUGCACCACUGACCUACACCCAGCUGCCGUUUUAUCUGCAUGGGCUGAGCGAUACGGCCGACAUUAAGACGAUGAUCAGCCAGAUACGCGAACUGUGCUCCCGGUUUGAGUCGCGCGGACUGCCCAACUAUCCCUCAGGCAUUCCAUUCAUUUUCUGGGAACAGUACAUGAACCUACGGCCGGGGCUGCUGAAAGCGAUCGGCUGCGCCCUGCUGGCGGUGUUUGUGUUCGUCUCGCUGCUGCUCCUGUCCGGCUGGGCCGCGCUGCUGAUCGUGCUGAACGUGCUGAUGAUGCAAAUUCAGCUGCUCGGUGUGAUGAUCCUGCUCGGCAUCAAGCUGUCGGCCAUACCGGCGGUCAUACUGAUCGCCAGCAUUGGGCUGGGCGUCGGCAUCACCGUACAUGUGGCGCUGGGCUUUAUCACCUCGAUCGGCAAUCGGGACCGGCGGGUAAAGCUCGCCCUCGAGCACUGCUUCGCCCCGAUCGUGCACGGCGUCAUCACGUCCGCGCUGGCCAUCUUUAUGCUGUCGACCUCCUCGUUCGAGUUCGUCGUGCGCCACUUCUUUUGGCUGCUGCUGUCUGCCGUCCUGAUCGGUGCCGUCAACGGGCUGUUCUUCUUCCCCAUCCUGCUCAGCCUGGUGGGCCCGGGCGCGGAAAUCAUCCCGCUGCAGUACGCGAACCGCAUUUCCACACCGUCGCCACCGCCGAAGCGCAUCAACAAGCUGUCGAGCGGUAAACCGAUCGUGCUGAACAACAAACGAUCGUCCUGCUCGCGCAGCUGCACCAAGCCGCAUCACCACCACAAGCACAACAAUGUAAAUCUGAGCAACGAGCCGUCGCUGACGACGAUUACCGAGGAGCCACAGUCGUGGAAGAGUUCCGCCUCGUCCAUACCGUCGAUACACGAGAAAACGACCGGCGGAUCAUCGAUGGGCCAUCAUAGAUCACUGUCCGGGAUGGUGGGCGGUGGUGGUGGCGGUAUCAGUGGUGUUACCGUUGGUCCACCUCCUUCCUCGGGCACUUCGCUCGGUGGGGCCGGUGGUGGUGUGGGCAUGAUGGGCGAUGGUAAUCUGAACGGCGUCGGGGGUGUUUAUAGCCAUCCCCAUGCGCACCACUACCACCAUCACCAUCAUCAGCAGGCGCCGGAGCUGCAGAGCAUUGUGCUGCAGCCGGAGGUGACCGUCGAGACGCACCACCACGGGGGGGACCACCAGAACACGAAGGUGACGGCGACGGCCAACAUCAAGGUGGAGCUGGUGACGCCGGGCCGGGCAGCAAGGAUGAUGCACACGACGGCGAGCAGCAGUAGCGGCAGCACGGGCAGCAGUAGCUCCACGAGCAGUAGCACGGGCAGUGCCAGCAGCUAACCACUCGCUCUCGCUCUUUGAUAGACUGUGAAGCGAAGGAGGAGGAGGAGGAGGAGGAGUAAGACGACGAUGAAGCGGGUCCUGCAGGUUAUUAACACCAACGAAUACUAAUCCUUAGGUUUUGUAAGUUUUGGAGCGUGUAGAAAAUAGUAAUAAUGUUAAUGCUUAAAAUAGUUAUGGCAGCACGAAGUAAGAAAACUAGACCAAUCUCUACCAAUCGAACGAACCAAUUCAAACAUUAAAUUAACGAAACAAAACAAAAACGAACCACUAAUCAACUUUAGUGCGUUUCUGUUGUACGUGUAGGCAUCAUAUACUGUAACACCGAUAAGGAAAUUACUGUUUACUGCUUUUCAUCUAUUAUUAUUCGCCAUCCCAUCCUAGCCUUGUCUUUCCCACAAUCAUCAUGCCAAACCGCCCUUCCCAAUGUGUAUGUGUAAAUAACGCGUUAAGAGGUGUGUUCUUUUUGUUGUUUUAAAAGUUUUAAAACAAGCAAAAAAAUCAUUAUUUAUUGUGCCCUUUUCCCCAAUCCUGCUUUCCCAGCCGAUCCCGAUUCCCGAUUUUUAUCUUUUCCGACCGAUAUUAUUGUAACCUCUGAGAGCUAGAAAGUAUUAUUUUGCAUAAUGAAGGGGAUGGGUGCAGUUAAGAAACAUUGCUGUUUUGUUGAAGAUAAUGUUUCUUAUUGGGUGUACUCUUUUUUUAAGAAGGUAUUUUUGUUUGUUAAGAAAAGCAUAUGCACCGUAACUACUAGAAAGAGAAAGAGAAAGAGAAAGAGAAAGAGAAAGAGAAAGAGAAAGAGAAAGAGAAAGAGAAAGAGAAAGAGAAAGAGAAAGAGAAAGAGAA